AUGGUGGGAGCGGAAACGCCGUGCUCGCCGCCGCCCCGCGGCAGCGGGUUUGGCAGCCUCCAGGAGGAGCUGGACUACUACAAGACCGCCUACGAGACGCUCGACGCCGAGCUGCAGGAGUUCCAGUCGUCCAGCAAAGAGCUUGAAGCCGAGCUCGAGCGCGAUGUCGAGGAGAGCGAGAAGCGCGAGCGCAAGCUGCAGGAGAAGGUCGAGCGCUUGGGCUUCGAGGCCGAGGAGUGGAAGACCAAAUACAAGCAGAGCAAGACCGAGGCCAACAGCGCGCAGAACAUCCUGCAGAAGGAGAUCACCGUGCUGCGCGAUGGUCAGCGCACGCUGCACCUCAAGCUCCGGGACGUCGAGGUGCAGAACGACGACUUCGAGCGCCAGACACGCAACCAGACGUCGUCGCUGGAAGAUAUCGAGACCAAGUACAACGUGGCGAUCGAGCGCGAAGUCAUGCUGGAGGAGGAGAUCAAGAUCGGCGAGCGGGAGCGAGAGGGUCUGCGCAUCGAGACGCAGCGAUUGCGCGAUGAGCUUGCUGACCUGAAGAUCGAGUCCGAGAUCACGCAGGAGAAGCUGCGCCUGGCAGAGGCCACCAUCGAGAAGCACCACCAGCGCACCGUCUCCCACCACCUGGCCAAGGACUCGUCGACGCUGCGGCCACGCUCGCCCAUGUCCGAGGCUUCGACCACGAACACGAACAUGUCCUCGCCGACCGCCGCAUCCACCCCGCCGUACAUGCAGAACGAUUCUCUGCUUCCAGACUCUACACCGCCCUCCCCGCCGCUGUCCGAUGCACCCCUUGCUAUCCGCCCGAUCCCGUUCAUGGCUCCCAUGCCUACUAGAAAAGCCUCCAUCGCGUCGCGCGACCCAGCUGCUACGCCUAGAGCUGGAAUGUUCGCCCGACCGCGGCAUACACGUCUGCCCAGUGUCUCUGGACUACCUCCUACAGGUUCAACUGCUCCUCGACGCACGCCAUCCGUCAUGCGCCCGCCCAGUGCUGUGCCAGGACAACGGCCGUCUCGACCCAGUAUCGGAGGCAACGCCCCAUUGGCCGCUGGUCUGCCAAGGUCAGGCUCUCUAUACCAGAUUCGAGGCCUAAUUGGCAAGAUGCAGAAACUCGAGGAGCGAGUACACUCAGCACGCUCCAAGCUGCCAGCACCCUUGGCCACGCCUCCACGGGCCAGUCCACGGGGCCCAAGCGCAGCAAGUAACUACCUACCUACGACAGUCUCGGUCAGGAAACGAGCGUCACAGACAUCGACCUCAGCCUCUUCUGUUGGAGAAGUGGUGAGCGGCAGUGGCAGAGGCCGGCUCUCGUUUGGCGUGCCGUCAAAUACAAGCAACAGCCGUCCCAGCAGCCGAGCAUCAAUUGCCACGACGCGCACACCUGGCACGCGAACACCGGGAACACGCACUCCAAGCACACGCACACCCAAUAACAGGAACCCGCUGGGUCACUACUCGUCAGCAUCCAUGAGCGGCCGAAUAGGAAAGGCCCCUCCUCCGAUGCUACAUCUUCACGAAGGACGACAGUUUGGCCGUCAAUCUUUGAAUAGGCAUCCGAGUGACUACAGCCACGGACGGCCUCAGAACUUAUCGCGAAGCGACACAGGCAGUGAUGAUGGCGAAGAAACCGAAAUCAAGACGCCCAUAGGCCGGCGUUCGACCAUGGAGAGGACUGGUAUCCCAACACCGGGUAGUACGAUACCUAGGAGGACGAGCGUGUCCAGGAGAGUAAGCGCGAGCAUGGAUGGAGGCAUGGGUAUGGGCCCACCCGUGCGUCCACGUAAAAUGUCGACCUACGAGGAGGAGACGUACUAG